AUGGAGUUUCGAAGCCUCGUCCGACCAGCCGCCAGGCUAUUCAGCCCUCGUGCUGCCCUUCCUACCAUUCCUUGCCGUGGCCACAAGACAACAAGCCGAACAAAACGGUCUUUAAAGAUUGCCCCUCAUGAGUCCUUUCUCCCAGACCGAAAGGCAGCAUUCCCGGCCUCCGACUCUAUCAUCUACAACCCGCCUUCUUCCGAGGCCUCUCCUCUUCACACACCUUUCAUCUUCCUCCCACAUAGCGACCCCCGCCGUGCCGCUCUCACACGAAUGCGGCAUACCCCAGGAUCUCCUCUAGAACCUAUCGCACCCGGCAAACUUGCCCCAAAGAUGGACUAUCCUCGCCGCAAUCCUGUAUACAACCUCAAGGCUGAGGAUAUCAGGGAGAUGAAGCGACUAAGGGCAGACGAUCCCGUUACAUGGAGUGUGAAUAAACUGGCUGAAAAGUUUGGCUGCUCGCCUGUUUUCGUCAAGAUGGCUGCUCCUGCACCCAAGUCGCACCUUGAGGGUCUUAAGCGCAAGCAGGAGAGGAGGGAAUCACGAUGGGGUGCUAUUCGAACCGCCGCAAGAGAGGACCGCAAGAGGAGGACAGAUAUGCUGUACCGUGGCGAGUUGUAA